CGCCAACAUGCCACCAACUCCAUUCACACGCGGCAUCGGGUUACUGGGCUCACGUCGCAAAGCAAUUCAUUCUCUUGGAAAGACAGUUCUCACACCAAAACCUACCAUUCUCUUGAUCACGUCAAUCAACUGUAUGAGGUUCAUAGGCUUACAAACAUAAGCUUCAUGGUGGCUUCACGAUGGGAGCUUCCGAGUCAAAGUUAGUCUUCAAGCAGGGCAUCUUCCGUCUGUCUGAGGAGAAGGACAUUCCUGCGGAUGAUCCCUACUGGACCAGGUUCUGGGAGCUCCCAGAGUCGACUGAGGAUGUCUUCAGCUUGUUCACACCGGCCGACAUCCGGCGCACGCGCGAUCAUGCCUUAUCGAAUUUCGAGACCCUUCUGCUUUCGGUUACCUCUCGUUUAAACGUCUUGAAGAAUCAUCCCUCUUUUCCAGACCCGGAGCUGGCGCCCGACCGCGAUGCGCUCAACUGUAUCCGCAUCCUGACCCGUCUGCUUCCAUACAUCUACGAGGCUGAGCAUCUGGAGGAGUGGGAGGAGCAGUUCUUCUGGGCUCGCCGCAAGAAGAAGACCCGGGAGGCGCAAGUAGCUCCGGAAGUGUUGUUCGAUGAAGCACAAGCUGAAGAGCGGGAUCAGGCUUCGCCGCGAGCCUCUGAAUUGGAAGAUGCUAAGCCACUGGCGGAAGAGUUGAUCGAUACCCUCCUCGACCUACUGUUCUAUACAAACUUCACGAUCCCUAAGUUAUCGUCGGCGAAGAACAAAGUGUCCUACUCAAUUUGGCAAAGUGGUGUGGGAUGCAAUACUUCCAUGGGAUCGACCAAAGAGCUGGAAAGUAACCGCUGCGAGGUCAUACGGUUGCUGCUAACUCUAACCGGGAAAGCGAUGUAUAUGCCUUCCAAUCUACUUCCUGUGCAAGGUGUGCGGGCCAUCACAUACAUCACGACUUGCUCCGACAAACAAGCUGUAUUGACUCUGUUGUGUUCUUUAUUGAACACGGCGAUCAAAUACAACCCUGCCUCGUGGAGGGUGCCGUAUGACCAUGUGGUCUGGAAAGAUCCGAAACAAAUCCUGGUCAUUUACUGCUUGCAGCUUCUCCUAGUGCUUCUAUUAUAUCCAGUUCCCGAAGAUGGUCGUGGGUCCCCUCCAAAGAAUUACUACCGCCAUUAUUUCGGAAGACUGCACAGACCGCAAGAUUUUCAGUUUCUGGUCGAUGGCAUGACCCGAAUCUUGAACCAGCCAAUGCAGAUCACGAACUCGUAUCUUCCUGGUAGUCAAAAGUCUGUGAAAUGGGCGCCGGAGAUGCUCGUACUAUUCUGGGAGGCGUUGCAGUGCAACAAACGCUUCAGGUCCUUUAUCAUCGACUCAAAUCGCUCACAUGAUUUCGUUAUACUUUGUCUUUUCUAUGCUAUUGUGUAUAAAUCUGAUCCCUCUAAGCAGGGUGUGGUUAGGAUGUGCAUUUUUGUUCUUCAAACAAUGAGUGUCGAGCCCAAUUUCGGCAAGAGUUUGAACCUCAAAUUUGAAGCACAAGAUACUCUUCCGCAAAGUAUCCGGAUUCCAGGCUUCAAGGGGUCCUACGCCGACUAUCUGAUUAUAUCCAUUCAUACACUGAUCACUGCCAGCAAAGGACAAUUGACAGCUGUCUAUCCUGCGCUACUGGCAAUCAUCAACAACAUUGCCGCAUAUGUGGAAAACCUGUCUCCGGUUUCCUGCUCCAAAUUGCUGCAGUUGUUUUCCUCGAUGUCAGCGCCCAGCUUCCUACUCGCUAACGAAACAAACCACGUCCUUCUAGCAUCCGUGCUUGAGUCAAUCAACUCCAUUCUCGAGCAUCAAUUUACAAGUAACCCAUAUCUUGUUUUUUCUAUCCUCCGCAACCGGAGACGCUUUGAGGCUGUGCGUGAAUUCACCCUUGAGAGUGGACAGCAGGAAAUAGAACGUCAGAAUGAAAGGCGGAAGUCUGCUGCGAAUGAAUCUGCCGCAAGUCCAGUCCUCUCUCCAACCGAAGAAGAUACACAAGCUCCCUCUGGGGCACGCUCAUCGCUGGGUCGAAUUCCGGAAGAAAAUAGUCCUUUCGCCAUUGGCGGUGAUGAUUCUGAAGAUGAAGGCGAAGCGCAGAAAUCGCCAAUCCGAGACUCUACAUCGGUUCCGACUUCUCGGCGGCAAUCGAUAUCAUCUGUCGUUGACGAAAGUGUGCCACUUCAGCUUCGAGGGAUGUCCGAGAAGGCACGCGGCAAGAUGCCUGCUGGACAGCCCACAUUCUCCAGACAGAACAGCAUGACCAGCCAAAGCAGCAUGUCGGCUGCCUUCCUUGCAUCCUCGAGCGGAUUCACGCCGACAGCUUCUUGGCUUGAAUCUUGGUUGCCUGAGUUGCCGCUCCACACGAUACUCACUAUCAUUUCAGCCAUCAUGCCCCACGUGCCUGAGUCGGCUUUCCAGUCUGCUUCCAGCCCGGAAGCUCGCACACUGGUCACAAACCUUCCCACCUUUGUGGAGGAGCCGAUGAUUCAGGUCAUUGUCUCCGAGCCCUCGCCCGUUCGUGUUCACUCAUUUGAAUGGUCAGCCCUCUCAAUGGGCUGGUAUGAAUCCCUGCUCUGGGGCUUUAUAUUCUCGAGCGAAAUGGUGGUCGGCUCCGCGGCAGGCGCCACACCUGGUACUGUUGGGGUGUGGAAUGGUACUGGAGUCAAGCUCUUUAAGGUGCAAGAAGCGGCGGCGCAAGGACCUACGCUAUUGGCACCAAAGGGCGCUGUUGAUGCAGUGGGUAGCAAUCUCGUGCAGCGCAUUGGCAGCCUGAGUCUCCGACGCAGUAGUACACAGGAUUCUCAAAGCAAUUCUCGGCCACCUUCUGUUCGCGAGGUCUAAGGUACAAGCCAAGCUCCGCUGGGCAUUCAGGAUCACUGGAUGGUUGCGGGGCCUCCUUAUUUCGUUUAGAUGCAUUAGCUUUCUUUUCUUUAUCUUGAUGAACUCUAUGGUUUAGAUGAUACCUGACUAGCGUUGCGCGAUUGGCUUUUCUUUAUGCGCGUGAUGGCCUUCGAAGCAUUUUUAAACCUGUUGAUCUUUUCUUUGCCGAUUAGUUCUUCAUAUAUUAGAAAGUAAAGCCAAUAAAACACUGCUUUUACG